AUGCGAUGGCUCACUUGGGCAAUACUGUCUACCCUUAUCUUGAUUUCAGCAACCACUGAAGCGGCCACAUCCAUGCCCAAUCUCGAAGUUGCGACGAAGGAUUCAAGGCUCGCUACUACAUUUUCUGCCCGAGCACUGUCAAGCGAGCUCAACAGCCAUACAAAAAAUAUUCUUCGGAGCAACACCAUCAUGGAAACCACGGAGGAACGAGGGAUUUCGGAAUUUCUUUUGAAUAUAGCUGUCAAUCGCAUGUUCAAGUGGCUGUACAAUUGGGGAGAGACACCGUUGAGCGUCAGAUCAAAGAUGAUGUAG